AUGGUGCUGGAAAGCGUGCAAGUGGACAUAGAUCCCAGCGCGUUGUUGCCCGACCCCGACGCGCCCGUUGAAGAUGAUGCUAUGGACGCCAUGGAGCCCAUGGAAACUGUGGAGAUUGAUGACGCCCCUAGCGAAAAACACGACCCCAUCAGCCUGCUAACCUCAAGCGACGAAGACGAUGUCAUAAUCCAAGAGCCUCACAUCGACACCGUCGAGGUUUCCGACGAAACCGACGAAGACGAUAUGCCUUUAGUCAAACUGCUCAAGAAGCGACGAGCUGAGAAAAAGAAAAAAAACCUAGAAAAGAAAAAACUGGACAAACGGAGAUCCGACACCAUAGCCCAAAUCACGUGGGGAUUGUACGAGUAUUACUGCGUCCAAUGUCAUUUUAAGACAACGAACGCAGCGGAGUACAGAAGGCAUAUGGCUGCCCACGCUAAAGUGAUAUUAAUGUGCCAGCUAUGCGGAUAUAUGACCGCCAGUUCCAGUCAAUUUGCAAAACACGAAAAGCAACACGGUGAAAAAACGCUAUACAAAUGUCAUCUAUGCGAUUAUAGAACGAAGAGAAAUAUAAACCUAGCGUACCACAUGAAAACCCAUAAGCCUAAAGACGUGUGUAAUUUUGUCGAUGAAAACAAGUUGUUAGUAGAGUCAAAGUUGUGUGACGAUAAAAAGUAUAAGUGCAAUAAGUGUGAGUACGCCACGAAGAAACGGUCUGAUCUUAAACGGCAUAAGUCGAAGAAGCAUAUGGAGGAUAGCGAUAAUGAUGAGGAUUACGUGCCUCCUAGGGUCUUUUGAGUUUUCAUGGCUUACCAUAGAGACCUAGAGCAUUGGUUCCCAAACCGCCUCUGUGGUCUAGUGGUAAGACCACCUGCUUCAGACGCAGAGGUCCCGGGUUCGAUUCCCAGUGGGGGCAGAUUUUUCUGUUCGGUUUGGUUGGUGGUAGGGCUUGUUCUAAGUCCGCCUGGCUAGCUACCACCAUCUUACCUAAGUCUGUCGCCAUAACAACAAUGUUAACAGCAUUGUUGUGUUCCGGCAGUUAGAGGUAAGAUAGCCAGUUCCUCCGUGGUUGAGGAUUCCGGGUGAAGCUCGCUUCCACCUUCGGCCUGAUCGUCACUUACCAUCAGGUGAGAUACAGGCCAAGAGCUUCCUCGUUGUGGAUAAAAAAAAAACUUAUUUGAGACGCGCCCCCUUUCGACCAUACAAAUAUUCCGCGCUCCCCUCCUCCAGUCUAGAUUAUUUAUUGGUCGUAUCGAGCAGG